AACCGCCAUAUCCUCCCCUAAUGGAAUCCAAAUUUCGUAGGAACUUCCUCUUCUUCAGUCAUCGGACGAAACGUCACAUUUCAGCGCCUGUCAAUUUCUCUCUCAAUAUCUUCUUCUACCGUCUCCGCCACAGGUUCUUCGUAGCGAAAUCUCGGCCUUAAUCCGAAACUCCACCGAAACACGCAGGUUAUUUCUCCCAGUAACUUGCCGGAAACUUUCGGCGGCGGCAGAGAUGGAGAGAAAGGCUCUGGCGGUGUGCUCCGUAGUCGCUAUUUUGGGGCUUUUGUUGGUCGCUACUGGCUUCGCCGCUGAGGGUACAAGAGUUAAGGGUAAUCAAGUCGUUCAAGUCACUCCUACUAUGUGCAAAUAUCCUCAAAGUCCUGCGGCUGCCCUUGGUUUGACAGCAGCUCUGUCUCUUUUGCUUGCUCAGAUAUUGAUAAAUGUUUCGACGGGAUGCAUUUGUUGCACGAGGGGUCCUCGACCUCCCGCUUCUAAAUGGAGAACAGCCGUUGUCUGCUUCGUUGUUUCAUGGUUUACAUUUGUGAUAGCGUUUCUGCUGUUGCUAACCGGUGCUGCACUGAACGGUGGAAGGAAUGAACAAAGCAGCUAUUUCGAUUACUACUAUUGCUAUGUUCUGAAACCAGGAGUUUUUGCUGUUGCCACCGUUGUGGGUGCUGCAAGUUUAGCGCUGGGAUUGUUCUACUACCUCAUAUUGAACUCUGCAAAGAAUGACCCUAAUGUGUGGGGCAAUCCUUCCAUUCCUCCUCCAGCAAACAUUGCAAUGGCGCAGCCCCAAUUCCCGCCCCCGCCCCCGGCUCAACCGACAACUGCAGACCCCGUAUUCGUUCAUGAAGACACGUACACGAGACGACAGUUCACGUGAUCGGUAAGCUUCGGUUGAUAUCAAAUGUGUUUUAGAAAACCAUACAAGUUAUACAACUUGAUUGAUGUUGUCUUUAUAGGAAGUAGCUGUUGUGGACUUGUAUAGAAGAACUGAAUUGAAUUUUUACUUCCCUUUGAUCCAUGGGAAAUAAAUAAACUGUAAUUGAACAA